AUGUGUCAUGCAACGUACGGCGAGGAUUCACGGAAGAUACGUAGUGCAGGACUGAAAGGGCUACGAGGAGUUGUAUGGAAAUCAGUAACAGACGAUUUACAUCCAAAUAUCUGGGAAAAGCAACAUAUGGACAAAAUCGUGCCGUCAAUACUGUUCAAUCUUCAAGAAGCAGGUAAUCUAUUUAGAAAAUCGAUAUAUUCACUGAUAUUGGAUGAACCCACUAAAUCGUUGACGUUAUUCGCUCCACUCAGCGACGAUCCAAAUCGUGAAGAAAGUCCACGAGCCUUAUCCGAUCGAUGUUUACGUGAACUUAUGGGAAAGGUAUGGAAUGAUUGA